CCUUGCCUGUUUAUUGUCCCAUUCCGUGCCCCCCUGUUUGGCGAGAGCAGUGGUGCGGUCCGGCGUGGAGGGAGCAGGCGCGGCGGGCGCGACCACUGCGGGAUUAGGGGCGCCGGCCGCGUCGGGAGCGCCAGUGUCGAGGCGAGGAGCCGAGCGAGCGGAGUGCGAGCGACGCCUGGCCGAGAGCCCGCCAUGUCCACGCCCGCCCGGAGGCGCCUCAUGCGGGACUUCAAACGGCUGCAGGAAGACCCUCCAGCUGGAGUUAGCGGCGCCCCUUCGGAGAACAACAUCAUGGUCUGGAAUGCAGUAAUUUUUGGGCCGGAGGGAACCCCAUUCGAAGAUGGAACGUUCAAGCUUACCAUAGAAUUCACAGAAGAAUAUCCAAACAAGCCACCUACUGUUAGAUUUGUGUCUAAAAUGUUUCAUCCGAAUGUCUAUGCAGAUGGUAGUAUAUGUCUGGAUAUACUUCAGAAUCGUUGGAGUCCUACCUAUGAUGUGUCUUCCAUCCUAACAUCGAUACAGUCUCUACUGGACGAGCCCAACCCAAACAGCCCAGCAAACAGCCAGGCCGCCCAGCUAUACCAAGAGAACAAGCGGGAGUACGAGAAACGGGUGUCCGCGAUAGUCGAACAGAGUUGGCGCGACUGUUGACCCUGGAUGAUGCAAAUGAACACUCUGAGGGGAAAAAAAUACAUGUAUGAAGUGUCUGACUCAUCCUCCUGCUCCUCCUCCUCCUCGCAUCACUGCAUUCCUCCCUUUUGAGAGCAAAAUAGCUGUUGUGCCGUCGCCGCCGCCGCCACCACCCGCCGCCCUUUGCUGACGCUUCUCUCUCUUUCUCUUCCCUCUCUCUCCUCGGACAUCAUCGAGAGCGCACCCCCCUCCUUAUCUUCCCUUCCCGGCCCCUCUUCCAGGUCAAAUGUACUGUACGCGGGUUACUUGUAACAGAGUUGCUGAGGCUGUCUUGGUCUUCCUCCCACUUCCGGUCUUCAGGGCAGCAGCGUUGUGCAUUUCUGUACGCUUUUAAUCGUGAUUGUGUUAUACACAGUGAUGCUGCUUACGUGUAGCGUGGUUUAAAACACAACAACAACAACAAAAAGAAGGGAUGUUCACACACACACACACACACACAAUAUACGUUUUUAACUAUGACUUGAAUGCGGAUCUGUCCGGGCUGGUCAUUUAAAUGCUGGUAUCGAUUUUUCGGGGCAUCUGUAAAUACGGCGCAAAGAAUCCCUUGCUCUUUCUCAUUCUUUUCUAUUCCUCGGUGUGGCGAAACAUAUUCCGAAUUGCAAACUGCCUGGAGAAGAUGAGGGUGUGAGGGAGGGGGAAAGAGGGUUGGGUGUCGUGCGGAGCCUUUUGCGCGUGUGACAUGACAACACGCUCGAGGCGGAAUGCUCCGUAUCCUUUUCCGUGGGACUAUUUUCAUCUGUUGGAAUGGCCCAGUGGAGCGGAUAAUUUCAGAGAAGGGAUUGGGAGUUCUGUUGCUUGGCUUAAUAGUAAAUUUGGGACACCGGAUCGCUUUGGAAACAUCUCUUUUGAUUUUAGGACUUUUAAUGCCUACCUCUGUUGCAGAAGAAGGAGGAGGUCACCAGAUGCCACUGCUUUUAUGUUCUAUCGGGAGGAGAGAGGAGUAAAGAAAGCCCUCUUGCAUGCCUCCUUCUCUCUCCCUUCUCUUCCCUCCGUUCUUCCCUUUGCAAAAGCAUUUUUUUGUGUGUGUGCGUGCGUAAAGCUCAGUUUGUACAUUUCGGACACCUUCAAGCAGCAGUUUGGGAGGAGGCCGACCGAUCCAUGUGUUUUGUCUGCUCUUCCAGUGUCUGUAUACAUUGAUCUCUUGAGAACAACUUUGCACAAGUAACCCCUGUAAGAAACUGUACAUUUUUCAAUUACUUGUAAAUAAAUGUGUAACCUUAA